AUGGAGCAGAUUAUAAAAUGUAUUAUAUUUUUCACGAUAACGAAUCUAGAGGCAUUCAUAUUUUGCUACGCCGGAGAAUAUCUGAUCAAUAAAAGCAGAAAGAUAGGAUUUGCAGCGUACAAUUGUGCAUGGUACAAUCUGAAAUCUGAAGAUAGUCGCAUUUUGUUAUUCAUAAUAUUAAGAUCACAGAAGCAAUUGACGCUAACAGCUGGCAAAGUAGUGGAUCUCACCUUAGAAUGUUUUGCAAGAAUUAUGAAUGCUUCGGGAUCCUACCUAUCAGUAUUGUUGGCGAUGCAAUAA